UGGUUAAGUUUUUCUAUAGAACUCUAUGUAGUUCUAGUCAUUUUCAAACUCCUUAACGCUUCGUAACCAUUUCCUAGAUCCAAAAUGCUUUCUGCUGGUCUGCCCAUUUGGACACCCUUUUUUCUACUAGUCCUGCUGAUCCUGGCCAGCGUGUGGGGUAUGCCUUUGAUGCUCAAUAUAGGAGCUCUGGAGGGCAUAUUCCGCCACCAUGGAUCGCCAGCAUGUGAGCAGUGUCCUGUUGAACUGAAUCCAGCUGUACAAACCUUUCUUUCUUGGCCUAAUGAAGAAGUUAAGCAAGACCAGGCCAUUCUUGAGAAACAGGACAAACCGGAGCAGAGUUUAAAUCUAGAAGAUCCUAAGAAUAAAGUCCAGGAGUCCUUAAACUUAAAGAAUAUAGAACUAGAACCAACUAUGGAAGUGAAAGAAAACAAGGAGGUGGAACAGAAUAAGGAGCUUAAGCUCCAGGAAAAUGCUAAAGAAAGAAUUAAAAGGAUGCCACACCAAGUAUUUCCAGGAAAUGUUAAAGAACGCAAUUCAAGGCUGAUAAAACCUCAUUUGGUGGACUACAGGCACUAAGGCCAAACCUUCAGCCGCUUUACAUAAAUUGUUUACUUUUAUUUUCUGUAUUAAAAAUUGUAUUAAAAAUGUAUUAAAUGCUUGCUUUGGGAAGACUCUU